CAAUAAAAAGAAAAAAUAAUAAAAAAUGGCAAGAAUUAACAUGAAAUCAACAUCACUUGCUAAGGUUAUUUAUUUGGUUGUAAUAAUAAUAAUUGUACUAGGAAUGAAAAUAAAGGCCUCAAUGGCUCAAGCUCAAAACACUUGUGCUAACCAACUUGGUAACCUAAAUGUGUGUGCACCUUUUGUCCUCCCUGGCACACAAAACUCGGCUCCGAGCGCCAAGUGCUGUGGGGCCCUUCAAGCUGUUGAACCUGGCUGCCUUUGCAACACCUUUAGGGUGGCUAGCCAACUUCCUUCUGCUUGCAAACUCCCUGCUCUUAGCUGUAGUAAUACAAUUCUUUCUAAAAUAUUGAUGAUGAAAAUGGUAUCAGUUAAGGGUUGCGUGGGAGAUGAAGAAGCAUGUAAUGUUGCAUCACCAAACUGUUGUAGCGGAUUACAAUGUCAGGAAGUAUCACAGGGUGUUCACCAGUGUGAAAAUUCAAGCUGUGAACAGCACAUUGGACAUUCAUGUGAGCCCGGCCUUCGAGCUUGUUGUGCUCCUUUGCGUUGUUCUCAAAAUACUGCCGGCUCAUUUCAAUGUACUGCUUGAAAUAAACUUACUAGUCUUUGUUUAGUGUUUUGUUAGUUUUAUUCAGUUUAUUUCGUUAUUGAAAAAUCUAAUUAAGGUCAUUAUUGUAAAAACUUUGUUAUUGUGAUAU